AUUCAACGAUUCACUCGUCGUGGAAACUUAGAGAUAAAUAAAAUAUUCUAAUCGCUCGUUGUAUACUUCGAGACUCCAGACUGUCACCAGUGUGUACUUACAAUAGAUUAUUCAAUUAAAUCAUAACCUUUGACAAGUUUUUUCAUGACACUAAACAUAUUAGACGACUACCCACAAUUGGGUCAAUAGUAAUUUUGUGAUGGGUACCGACAUUCCAUAUUUGCACGAGUAUGUUCAAUCAAUUUUAUUAAAUUAGUCGCGUGCGUGUGUUUUUAUUAAAGUUACAGAAGAAAUUAAUGUGUUUAUAACUAGUUUUAUAUUAUGAAGAUUGAAUUGCUUGAAAAACGCCUUAAGUUCAUUGUUUGAUUCAUUUACAUACUACAUACAGUGUUGUUUGAUUCCUUAAAAGUUAUCUGAAGUGAAAGGUUAGUAUGAUAACUAACAUUGUAUUGAAGCUUUGAUAUUAAUUGUUAAAUUGUUGAGAAAAAUGAGUCUACGAAGGCCAAGAGGUGAGACCAGCUUACAGAAUGGCACCAUUACACAGGAAGAAAAGCAAAGAGCUCCAGAGUUCACCUACCGGGAGUCACCUUUGACAGUACUUUUAGAGCACUCACUACACAUAAGGGCAAUAUACCACAUAUUUGUGGUCAUUCUGCUGGUGCUGCUGUGUGAUACCGUGAUAUAUGACCUUAUAGAACGAGGAAAAAUAAACAUCGGAGUAACAUCAGUGCUACAUGGUUUCGGAGACAUCAGGCGCGCCGCAAAGCUCUGGUUCUUCGAACUGGCGGUGGCGCUCGCAUUCUAUCCAGCACUCAGGAUAUACGAGUUUGUACGAAACAUCAUAAAACGAUACCCAGGUUUAUGUAAAAUAUGGGCUGUAUUUGGAAUACUCUGCGUGGUGGCUCUGGAGGUUACGCUGGUGGCAGUCCCUGUGCGGGACCUGGCCAAUACGUACCUAGCGCUGGCGUCGUCAGCUGUUGUUACAUGCGAAAUGUUCCGGUUCGUGAUGAAGAUUUGCGCCGCGGCCGCAGCGUGCGCCCCGCGAUGUCACGACAACAGCGCGCCGCUUCCCUCCAUAUCGCAAUACGUGUAUUUUCUCUUUGCACCAACGCUUAUUUACCGAGAUGAAUAUCCCAGAACAAAGAAAAUCCGAUGGAGCGUUGUAGUUUUUCACUUAUUAGAAGUGUCGGCUAUUAUAUUUUACAACAGCUUCCUGUGGGAGCGUUUUAUUUUACCGUAUUGGUCUGAUCACGGCAAAGAACCAAAGGUAGAGGCGGGAACGGUGGUGAGAGGGAUGUUCGCAUGCGUGUUGCCGGGAGUGAUCUCUUUCCUGUGUGGAUUUUAUUGCCUCCUCCACGCUUGGCACAAUGCCUUCGCCGAGAUGCUCACCUUCGGAGAUCGCUUGUUUUAUGAGGAUUGGUGGACGACCUCCCGAUUUUCUAGUUACUAUCGAGCGUGGAAUCGCAUAGUACACUCAUGGCUACGAGACCACAUCUAUCGGCCGUUAGCACCGCACGCCGGCCGUGCUGUUUCCACGUUAAUAGUGUUUUUAGUGUCCUCGGCAGCUCACGAGGUGAUACUAGCGCUUUCUUUCGGAUUCUUCUACCCCGUGCUCAUGGUUCAAUUUGGCGUAUUCGGGCUGUUGAUGCUGCCAUUAACUGCUAACAGUGGUCGCCGGUUUCCCAAUACUUCUAAUCUUUUGAUGUGGCUGUCAUUUUUCAUUGGGAAUGGUCUUCUAUGGAGCUUAUAUGCGAUGGAGUAUUUUUCACGAAAAAACUGCCCAGUAUCCGAACACGAUAGUUUUUUCAUACCGAAAUCAUGGUCUUGUCCAGAAAUUGUGUUAAAACCAAAUUGGACUUUCCAAAAUCCUUUCGACUUAAUUUACUAA